GUCUAAUUGAAAUGAUGUAAGACGAAAAAGUCAUGUAUUUCAAAAAAUGUAACCCUGUGAAGUGACUUGCAUAGAACAGUAAGAAACAGCAGCAGGUAGAUUCAAGUAAAUUAUAAGAAGGACCCGACUCUACUGCUACUUUCAAGUCCGCGAACAAUCGAUAAUCAUCAUCAAAGACUACAUUAUGCAUUCCGUUGCCCCAAAAUCCUACAUUUUCCAUGUCAUGCUAGGCAUUGUUGCAGCACAAAAUGCAAUUCCGCUAUCGGUAUUAUCUUCCUUGGCUUCUGAAGGCAGCAUCACGGCAACCGGUCCAGCCGCUUUAUCUUCCCUGGAAUCGUUCAUCUCACUCGAUUCCGUAAUCUUCAACCCUGAACCAUCGGCUCUAGCCUUACUUGCAUCGGCCAUUCCUGCAACUGUCGUCUCUGUCAUAACUGCAAGUCCAGAUGCGUAUCUUUCGUUCAUCGAAAAUAUUGGACAGGGAAGCGAUUUCCCAAAGUGGUUGACGACACUCGCCGCAGACAAACAGAGCGCCAUUGAAUCUUACUACUCCAUUGAGCGCGAGGAGAUUCAGCAGCUAGCAUCCAAGGCAUCAGGACUAGGAAUUCAAAACCUAGGACCACUCAACUCUUUCGCAGCGCAAACCCCAACCACGUACCCGGUCAUCACAACGUCCGCAGCAAUUACUACUGUGGCGACUCACCAUAAUGCUACAUCUUGGCUAGGUACUCGACCAGUUUCAGAAGGCCCGGUCCCGACUAUGAGUGGCUCUCUGACGCCAUACACUGGCUCUGCGACCCUAAUCCAAGCCCAAUCUUCAUGGUUGCAGAUUUCCACAUGUUCUGUGGCAAGCAUUUUCAUGUUGUGGAUCAUGUAAUGGUAGAGUGCAACCACUGCGCCCCUUGUGCCCUAUAGCAAAAUUCUUCAUGGCAAGGCUAUACUUCUUUGCAUGUCGAUUGUUGUUGGUGUGCUCCGUGGGUGUCUUUAUUUUGAUUGGUCGCGGCGCUAUGAAAUCAUUUGCUGACUGGUGGGAUGAAGUGAUUGGUGUGGUAGUGUUGUGUCUCGGAAAAAGCGGAAAGACUCCUGGUGUAGUUAUAAGAAAACCGUGUAGUUAGUGCUUAUCAAUUAAGAGGGGGUUGCA